GUGCCCACGCAGUUGAGCGAAGCCGUCCUCUCCCAUGCUGCCGAAACUACGUUGAACGUCGCACGGAAAGCACGGUGUUGACUGAAAGAUAAGAAAAAAACGACACAACUGCGCAAUGAGGCCUACGUUUUGCUGCAGCGCCUUGCUGCUCUUCAUUUUGCUUCCCCGAGCCUGUCAGUGUGGCAACAUCCUGGUCUUUCCAAUUGAGGGCAGCCACUGGGUGAACAUGGACAUCCUUAUUCAAGAGCUGCACUCACAAGGGCACAACCUGACCAUCGUACGGCCCAGCAAGACGUGGUACAUCAAGGACGCCGCUGCCUACUACAACACCAUCAGCGUUCCCGUGGAAAGAAGCUUGGACCAAAACUUCAUCACCGGCUUGGUUUACGAAAUCAUCGAGUAUGAAAGGGGCUCGAUGCCUUUUGUGACAUUCCUCCACAUGAGUGUGGGCAUGUUUGGGGCUUUUCUGGAAGCUCACAAGACGGUGAGUGAGUUCGCAACGGCACUUCUCGAGGACCAAGACAUGAUGAGGAAACUGAAUGACAGCAAGUUUGACCUGUUGCUCACUGACCCCUGCUGGGGUGGGGGCGCCAUUGUGGCCAAAUAUUUGAACCUCCCUCUGGUAUACAACGUCCGCUGGAUCAUCGCUACCGAAGGCCACCUCGCAUUCGCGCCGUCGCCGCUAUCAUACAUUCCUAUCACGGGAACUGGUAAUACCAACAAGAUGACCUUUUUUCAAAGAGUCAAAAACGUGAUUGUAUUUCUCAUCAGCUAUACGCAACAUCACCUGAUCCUCAAGAACACAUAUCAGAAAAUAUGUGACAAAUAUCUCGGACCUGAUACCGACAUGCAGCAUUUGCUUCUUUCCGCUGAUCUGUGGCUCAUGAGAGUGGACUUUGUCUUUGAGUUUCCACGCCCCACCAUGCCCAACUUCAUCUACAUGGGGGGUUUUCAGUGUAAACCUGCUAAGCCUUUACCAGACCACCUGGAAAAGUUCGUCCAGAGUUCUGGAGAGCACGGAGUCAUCCUCAUGUCCCUGGGUACCUUUGUGAAUGAACUCGUCGCAGACUUGGCCGAUGAAAUCGCCGCGACUUUCGCCAAGCUCCCCCAGAAGGUGAUCUGGAGGUAUAAAGGCACUCCACCUUCCACUCUGGGCAACAACACUCUCCUGGUGGACUGGAUGCCGCAGAACGAUCUGCUCGGACAUCCCAGGAUGAAACUCUUCGUGGCUCAUGGCGGAACAAACGGCCUCCAGGAAGCAAUUUACCACGGAAUUCCCGUGGUGGGAAUACCCUUGUUUUUCGACCAGUAUGACAACCUGGUGCGUCUCACAGAGAGAGGGGCGGCAGUGGUGGUCACGUUAGCCUCAGUGGAUAAAGAUGAGAACUUCCUGAAGGCCAUACAGAAAGUUCUUGCUAAUCCAUCCUACAGGGACAACAUGCAGAGGCUCUCUAGGCUGCACAGAGAUCAGCCCAUCACGCCGCUCGAGAACGCCCUCUUCUGGAUUGAAUUUGUCAUACGGCACAAAGGCAUGGCCCACCUCAGGACCGAGUCCUACAAGAUGCCCUGGUACACUUACUACAAUGUGGAUGUCUAUCUGUUCCUGUCUGGGGCUGUGCUGGCUCUGCUUUUAAUUUUUAUGAUCACCAUCAAAUGUUUGUGCUCUGCUUUAUGUAAGAGGAAAAUGAAACGCGAGUAAAUAAAUGACACAGUUUUGACAUAUAUGUCCGGUGAGUCACCUAUUCAUGAUUCACCAUUCACGAACUCACUUCCUUGCGAAGGUAAACUUCUUAAGAUGAUACAGAGAAAGGUCCGGAUCACUUUUAACAGUGACGGAAGUUUAUAAUUUUAAAGUGUUUUGUAUUUGUUUGUGUGUUGUAAACCCCCUGUGCAAUAUUAAUGAAGGUGAUUUUACCUGAUGUGGAGAUGUUGUCUUUGAUGACAAGUAGCAUUUCCCUUGAUGCUGACAUGGUCACUCCACAACUUUAUGUGCAUCAGUUCUUCCUGCAUGUUCCCUCAUAAUAGUCCUUUUUACUUGGUGUCAAACACCACUUCCACUUGACAUGAAGUGUAAUGUACCGUUAAUGUUGUUUCAUAUUUUUCCCCAAAGUUUCUUGAGAACGUCUCCCCCUAAAAAAAAAAAAGCCUCAAACUCCAAUCUGGAGUUAAGAAAUGAUUUCUGCUGGUCGCCAUGGGGUAUUUGAUUUCCACAUUAUAAUCGUUGUGACCACUAAUCUGCUUGUAGUACAACUCAAAAACGCUAAAUGGACGUAAGACGACUUACGAUUCAUUGCACUUUACUGUUGUCUACAUGGUUUUAAAAAGUGCUCGUGAAUUGAUGAGCUAAAUGGGCAACCUCUGAUUUCUUAACGGUCAUGUUCUCAGACACAUUUUAACAUGAGCAGUUAUCAUACAAGUGUAAAAAGUUCAUUGUUAAUAAAACGAAAUGUACAAGUGAA